CAAUAUCUUUUUAUUAGUGCUAAUGCACAGCACUCCUCCGCAGCCCCCUUCUUCUUCUUGUUCCUCUUCUUUGGAUUGGGUUUUUGAGUUUCUUGAAAAAAUAAAAGAAAAUUCGUGAAAAGGGAGAAAAGAGGAGGAGGAUCCCAGAUCAAAUUCAAAAAAGAGAAGGAUAUGGUGGAUGGAUUUUGUGAGUCAAUAUCAAGAGGAGAUAUUUGUAAUUAUUGAGUGGGUUCUUGAUUUGGUGUGAACCACUAUAAGUGGGAUUGGAGAUUGAUUGCUUUGUGGAAGAGCAAAGUGAAUAUCAAGUUCUUUUUGUUGAACUCUGUUCUGGGAUAGCUUGAACAUGUCUGGAGCACAAGAUCAGCUAGAGAUCAAGUUUAGGUUGACUGAUGGAACAGAUAUCGGACCGAGAAAUUUUCCUGUGGCUACAAGUGUUGCUACCUUGAAGGAGAAUAUCAUAGCUCAAUGGCCCAAAGAGAAAGAAAAUGGUCCACGUACGGUAAAAGAUAUCAAAUUAAUCAGCGCUGGAAGAAUAUUGGAGAACAAUAGAACUGUGGGUGAAUGUAGGAGCCCAUUAUGUGAUAUUCCAGGAGGAGUCACAACCAUGCAUGUUGUCGUUCAACCGCCAUCAACGGAAAAGGAAAGGAAAUUGCCAACUGACCCUAAGCAGAACAAAUGCGUCUGUGUGAUAUUAUGAGAUCCAGCUCCAGAAGCAGGAGAAUCAUUACUUGCAGAUGAGGUUUCUGGGUUUGGUCGGUAAAGUCAUUGAGAUUGGCAGAUUGGCUUGUCUAUCCAAUGCAAGUGGUGAAAUGUGCAGUCAUUGUCAAAAUCAUAUCUUCGUCCAGGUCCACGUGUCCAUAUAGUCAUCAGUUUCGCGUCCAUAUAGCAUAUCUUUUCACUAAAUUAUUUCAGAUUAUAUUUCUGUAUUCACGGCCUUUUCCUCCAAUUGAAGAUUUCUGCCUGCUUUGAAUAAACCAUUUCAUGGUAGCAGAAUGAGGCAAUUGGUUUAAACUUCAGUGAUAUGUUCAUGUUAGUAGAUGAAAGCUGAUAUGUGUGAACUGUUUCUCAGCAAUAAUGAAGGAACAUAAGGGAAGCUUCAGGUUCAUUUGAA